GAACAAACAGUGACUCCAUUACUGAGGAAGGCCAGGGGAAGCCUGUGUGGAAGGAGAGAACCCAGGACUUACCUCCACAUAUCUGCAUACCUAUCCUGUAUAGACAGGUAUCAUCAGUUAGAUACCAGCUACUGGAAGAGCUUUCUCAGAGACGGAUCACAAAACUCUCCACUAGCUAUGGCUGCAAACUGCACACCCUCAUGGGGUCAGGGAGAAGCCUGCAACAGCCGUGGGCUGCAGCUGCCACGGUCUGUGACAUCCUCAGAAACUCCACUCGGAAAUCAUGACCGGGACCCUGAGACCUGUCACAUGAACUUCAGGAUGUUCAGCUGCCCGGAGCAGUCAGACCCCAUCCAGGCUCUGAGGAAACUCACUGAGCUGUGCCACCUGUGGCUGAGGCCCGACCUCCACACCAAAGAGCAGAUCCUGGACAUGCUGGUGAUGGAGCAGUUCAUGAUCUCCAUGCCCCAAGAGCUCCAGGUCUUAGUCAUGAUGAACGGUGUGCGGAGCUGCAAAGAGCUGGAGGACCUGCUACGGAACAACAGAAGACCCAAGAAAUGGUCUGUAGUCACCUUCCAGGGAAAGGAAUAUAUCGUGCAGGACUCAGAUGUCCAGAUGGCCGAAGCCCCCGCCAGCGUCAGGGAUGAUCUGAGAGACGUGUCCAGCCAGCAGGCCUCCUCUGUGAAUGACAUGCACUCAGAGAAAGGCCAGGCCAGCCAAGAGCUGCAGACCCUGCCCAGGGUCCCUGCACUGUCCGGGGGGCAGGGAGAGGACUUCCGGCUACAAAAGAGUAUUGUCAUGAGAGGUGACCCAAAGGUUCUGAGACCCAAGCAGAACCUGGAGAAGGAUCUAAAGGAAAACAGCAAAGAGAACCCAGGACUCACAUCCCCAGAGCCUCAGCUUCCGCAGGGUCCCACAGAUCUGGAGAGGGCAAAGGAUGGGAAGGAACCCCAGAAAAGAGCCUCUGUGGAGAAUGUGGAUGCUGACACAGCUUCUGCCUGCGCAGUGGAGACAGAAGCUUCGACUCACAGCGAGGACAGAGACUCUCCGAAUCCGAGAGGUCCCAAAAGAAGCAAACCAGACGCCACCUCCAUUUCCCAAGAAGAGCCUCAAGGAGGAGCCACACCUGUGGGCAACAGAGACUCCCCGGGCCCAGCUGGGAUGAAUCCGGUUCAUUCCCCAGGCCCUGCGGAUGCAGGCAGUCACCCCGAUGGCCAAGAAGCUGUGGCACUGCCGCCCUUUGCAUGUGACGUGUGCGGUAAAAACUUUUCAUGCAAUUCCAAGCUAGUCAUCCACAAGAGAUCACACACAGGAGAGAGACUCUUUCAGUGUAAUCUCUGUGGCAAGCGCUUCAUGCAGCUCAUCAGCCUCCAGUUUCACCAGCGAACCCACACUGGCGAGAGGCCCUACACGUGUGAUGUCUGCCAGAAGCGGUUCACCCAGAAGUCCUACUUGAAGUGUCACCAGAGAAGCCAUACAGGGGAGAAGCCCUACGAAUGUAAAGUCUGCAAGAAAGUUUUUACCUACAGAGGGAGCCUAAAGGAGCACCAGCGAGUCCACUCCGGAGAGAAACCCUAUAAAUGCUCCAAGUGUCCGAGAGCCUUCAGCCGGCUGAAAUUGCUAAGACGCCACCAGAAAACACAUCCAGAAAACACUUCUUAGUGAUCCCAUAAUCAGGUCCACGUCGUCUGCACCAGGAAGAAGUGAAUGAUGAAUUUCUCCAAUGUUGUCAGAUGACAAUAUGACGGGGCAGGGUUGCCUGACACACAGAUGGGGUGCCCUAGAUUGGAAUUCCCAGGAUGUUUGAGUAAAUAGGUUUCCCCCCCAGUGAGUCUGGUUUUCUGUUUCAUUAUGUCUGUUGUUUUCUUAUAGGUUUAUUUUGGUUUGUUUUGCUGUUCUUUCAAUAAAUGAUUGUCCUAUUAGUUUUCAAUAUU